CGAUACUCAACUAUUCCUUACCGCAGGACAGAGGUGGUCAGAGUUGUUACCGUGCGUUGAAAAAUGAAGAUUUUUAGUUCUCAAUUGUUCGUCCUUGUUUUGCUGUACUGCUGCAUCGUAUCACUAGCCUGGGCACCUUGGGGUCGGCGUAGACGCAGACGAUCGAGGUAUGUAUCGCAUGGGCUUAAUUUUGUAGAAAAUCUCCACUGAAAUACCGCCAAUAUUGCGCUCAGUUUGGAAACAGUAGUUAAAUCAACAUUUCUGUUAUCCGCCGUACCGACGUCGAGUAAACAUUGUCGCGUCGCGCAUUCGUCGACGUGUUCGACGAAUUGUGGAACUAAAACUUAACGACAUUAAAUGAUUGAAAUGUGUUCCGCUGGCAGACAGUUCAAGGGCGUUCGUAUCGUCCUAUGAAGUCAAACGCACUACACUUCGUCACUUCUUGCCAGGUUUGCAGUGGGCAAUAUUCAAUUUAGCCUCUGUGGUUUAGCAUUAAACCCAGGAUGAGAGUUGGCAGUCACACAUUGUUACGGGGGACAGAAAUUAAUUGACAAAAUAAAGGUUUAACGAGUAUUCUAACUACGUUUUAACUUAAAUAAAACACAUGAUAGUGUUAGGAAAGCAUUAGGAACAGCUAAUCAUUAAUCAUAAUUGCGUGACGCCACCUUUAGAAUUAUCUUGAACGAAAAUGAAAUUGCGAAAGCAUGCGGAAGCUGGUAGGAAGUAGAAAUAGAUACAAAAUGUUGUAAAGAUCCCCAAAAUAUCGUGUCCAAACUACGUAAUAAUCAAACUUGUAAUUUGCUUGUAAUUAAGACAAUGUUACAAGAGGCAAUUUUCCUGCAAAUGGCGAUGCAAUUUCGGUUACAGAGCCAUGUUAUCUAAAAAAUAGUCACAAAGAAUUGUGAGCAUGCCCGCAUUCUACUCAGCCAACACUUUCUUUGCAUAACAUACUCCUAAGCCUGCCCUAAGGUAUGAAAAAAAAUAUAAUAGUAAUUACUGUGGAUAGCGUUUGGUCUUUUUAUUAAUAUCCGCGCCACGGCCACCCGUUGUCGACAAGGAUGUUUCAAUUUUUGGCCAGAGGUCAAACUAAUCCUAACUGUUUUCUUCUUUUAGGGCUCCAACACCUCGCCCGACACCUCCGGCUCAACGAAAUUCACGAUUAGGUAGAUAUAUACUUUCACAUUAUGUACGUUAAUUAUUGAAAUAUAUUAGUUAAAUAUAUUAGCAUUGGGGGGAAAUAACACGUUUUGUCAAACACAAGUGCGAUUUUUUAAAACUACUUGAAGAAUAAGUGUUUUUUACUGGAACUGUCCAAUAUCCCCUACGCCAAAGAAAAUAUUAAGGCCAGGCCGGUCAAAUAAGGAUAAGAGUCAAUGAUAAUUGAUGAUUCCCCUUAUUACGUUUUCAUAGCGCUUUGCAUUGUGGUUAUAGUGGUAUCACUGAUAAAGAUAGCGGCCUCGAAUGAAAAUAUUGAAUGUUUUCGCGAAUAUUUUGCUGUAUAGUAGGCUAUCGCGCACCUUACCUUAGUUUUUUUUAAAUUUAAAAGUUAUUGCACGGGUCAGGACAAAAAUAAACCAUCUUGAAUAUCAGUGAUACCACUAUAACCACAAUGCAAAGCGCUACGAAAACGUAAUAAGGGGAAUCUAGUAUUGCAAUUCUCGCUCGCGUUUCCAUCAACCCUCAUAUGCACUCUCGUCAACUCUCAUCAAUUUUGAGCUGGGUCAAAUUUUGAAGAGGUGAUGAGAAGUUUUGCUCGUGCCUGCGUUGCAGCCGUGAAGCCCUGGGAACGAAGAAGCUCGUUUGACAGGAACACGCGGGGAUGACACUGGAUAUGAAAUUUCUCGGAGUCCAAACUCUCGCUUGUCAACUCCCAUCAACUUUCAUCCUUGUCUGAUCUUGACCCCAUUACGAUUAAUAGUCCUAUAGCAACGCAAAUUUACAUCUGGGAUAUAUGAUCAAAUGCGCUUUACAUCGAGACAGAUAUCGAGUAUUACGCUUAACUAAUUACAUACUUAGCCUAGACUAUUUCAUCUUUACAACUAUUGUGAUUUUACUCCUUAUGACUGUCUUUAUCCAAACCCACCCUGUCAACUUUCCUGUUGGAGGAAACCGGAGCACCCGGAGAAAACCCACGACUUUCGGCAGAGCGUUGACAGACUCUUUUCACAUCAGUCCGUAGCGAGAAUUGAACCAGGUGAAAGGCGCUCGCUCUUACGACCCCAAUUACAACCCUAUCCUUCUGUCGCUAUAGGUCCUCUCCAAGUCAGCCGUGGCCAGGUUACAUUUGAUUCCGAAGGCAACGACAUCCCAGGAAGUAUUUAUUUCAGUCGUAAACCUCACGUACCAAGCCCCGCUUCUGGUAUUACUAUUGGCAGGGGUUAUGAUCUCAAAGAAAGAAAACAAGCUGGAGUAUACAGGCAGUUAUUGCGCGUUGGAAUACCUGCAAGAACCGCGCAAAAAUUCUCGAGAGGAGUUGGUUUGAAAGGACGGACAGCAAAAAAUUACUUAAAGGUGAAAUUUUCAGUUUCUAUCACGAAAUAUAGUAACGAGUGAUUAAAUGAACUUCUUAGUGUCACCUGCCGAGCGAUGUUAUUUUAUGUCGUAGAAACAAUGAUAACGGUAACGAUGUUAAAAUCGCUCACACAAACAAUUUUUUUUCAGUCGGACGAUAACAAUAAAUUGUUUGACCAAUCAGCGCGUGUUCACACGUUAUCGUAUCGUUAUCGUUCUGUAGUGUGAUCGGGCCUUUUGACAACAAUAUAAUGAUUAAUGGGAUAUUACUAUAUUAUUUAUCGUGUUUAGAGACCAAAAUUCAAAUUAUUUUUAUAAAUUUAUCCUUUUGCCCAAAUGCGAAAAUUUGAAAGUUUCAACAUACCUUAUAAAGCCACGAUUUGUGGCUAUAAAGUACGCCUGUUUUCAGCAUACAUUAUAACCAUAGUCUGUGGCUAUAAAGUACGCCUGUUUUCAGCAUACCUUAUAAAGCCACGAUUUGUGGCUAUAAAAUACGCAUGUUUUGAGCGUACCUUAUAAAGCCACGAUUUGUGGCUAUAAAGUACGCCUGUUUUCGGCAUACAUUAUAACCAUAGUCUGUCUGUCUGUGGCUAUAAAGUACGCCUGUUUCCAGCAUACCUUAUAAAUCCACGAUUUGUGGCUAUAAAGUACGCCUGUUUUCGGCAUACAUUAGAUAACCAUGGCUUGUCGCUAUAAAGUACGCCUGCAUGUUAAUUUUCGGCAUACCUUAUAGCCAUGGUUUGUGGCUAUAAAGUACGCCUGUUUUUGAUAUGCCUUAAUUCAUACCUUGUAGCCCGGCACCCGUUUUUCAGCAUUUGGCCACAUAAAAAUGCAGUAUGCUGUAGUUUCAUAGGCGGUAGCUCAGCUGUAUCCGGAGUAGCCCGCGUUCAGGCCCACCGAGGGAAGAAUAGUGGGCCUGCACGCGGGCUAUAUCCAGAGGUGUGAACUACAGCGUUCUAUAGCAAGCGCACUGUUCUAUAUUGUAUAGUGUACGGUUACUUUAAAUAACUAUAGCGUAUAGUUUCAUUACAAUGUCUUUUCCUCAUGGCCACCUCUGCUUUCAUUUCAGAAAAACAACCUUCAAACCUACACCAUAACGCACAAUCAACAAAAGAAACUAUUUUACAUCGCUUACGAUGCGAUAGCUGCUGACGCGAGACGCCUAGCAACCAAACCUGACGUGCAGAGAGCGUACGGAAAAACAAACUGGGCCCGACUGAACAGCGCAAUAAAAGAUGUGGUCGUCGAUUUACGGUAUCGAGGCGAUUACACGCCAACAACCAGACGAAAAAUCCAACGUGCGAUAGCUGCAAAUAAUUUGAAAUUGUUCACACAACUCAUGAGUGACCAAAAUUACUGGUUGAAGCAGAUUAAAGUGCCAAGAGAUCGAUUCAUACGCAGGAAGAAUGCUCUGGUUAAAGCAGGAUAAAAACCAUAUGAAUUAUUGUCGUGAAGUUUAGAAAGUGGCUCAUAUGUGCUAAAAUGUAGGCUGCUUCAAAUGUGUAUCAACGUCUAAUGCCUUUAAUCAAAAAUUUAAUAAUGUGUAUGUUUUUCUAAGAAUA